AAGCAAAAACUGAGAGAGAAAGUGCGGCCGAUAAUUGACCUGAUCCAAAGGGGUACGUUAAGGGUUCCACAACACAUUGAUCAGCCUAAGAUCAGCCAUGAACCAGAACAAGCUAAAUUGGGGCCCAUCCCACGUCACUAUGUACCCGUCAUAUUCUUGUUUUCUUUGUGGAUCUUCUUUUCUAUUGGUGAAAACUCUCUCCUGUAUUCUCUCUCUGUGAUAAUUACAAUCCUCCUGAAAGGGUCCCUGAUGUCCCGUUUGAUGAUCUUCAGAUGUACAUCGCGCCUGCUGUGGGUAAUACUUGGGUCCGGUGUGAUAAUACUGCCAAAAUACAUCAUC